AUGGCUUUGAUGCCUUGGGUGGUUCAACACGCCGUGAGGGAAUUCACCUUCCCGGCCAGGAAACGCGGCUGCCGAGCGCUCCGGCUGAGCGCGGGCGCCUGCUGGGGACGCCGCGGGGGCUGGCAGAAACCCAUCCUGGAGCCUCCUUACAUCGAGUCCCACCAACGGAUCUGCACCUACAACGAGACCAGGAUGGUGAUGGUGAAGCUGCCCAGGUGUGCCCCUGACAUGGACCCCUUCUACACCUACCCGGUGGCCAUCUGCUGUGACUGUGACAUCUGCUCCACUGCUACCACUGAGUGUGAGACCUACUGA